GCCACAGAGAGGUUGUGACACAGCAGCCGGAGAGCGGUACAAUCUGUGUUGUUCGCUGUGUGCCAGUUCCAGGCUGUCUGUCGACAUGCCAGUACGCUGCAAAUAUGUGCUGGGCGUUGUGCUGGCUGUUGCCAUACCAGGGAAUUUAUACCUAAUGUUUACUUACAUGGAUGUGAACUUGAGUCCCGUUACUUCAACUUUACAGAUCUCUGGUCUAUGUCGGAGCCUGCUGAAGGUGGGAAACGACCAGGUCAGUAAUAAAACGGCAACGGGAACGUCAGUUACAGAAUGGUGGCAAGCGGCGGCUCUCCUCUACUGGAGCUUCGUGUCACCUGUAGAGUACAAGUGUAAGAGCCUGACAGCGGUGGGGAAUUGGCAUUUGUGUCAAGAUCAACCUUACGCCGUGAAACCACCGUGCCUUGUGUAUUCGUUUGGAAUUGCAAACGAUUUCAGUUUUGACGAUGCAAUGGGAAAGAUUGGAUGUGAAGUGCACUCAUUUGAUCCGAGCAUGCACAAGGAGGACCACAGACGCAGCGACAGAGUGACGUUUCACGCCAUGGGGUUGAGCGGGGUGGACAGCGACACUUUCGAAGCAAGGAAGGACAUGUAUGUCAAAAAUACACAGCUGUGGAAAAUAAGAACUCUGAAAACCAUCAUGAAAGAGCUAGGACACGAACAUAGAGUGCUGGAUGUUUUGAAAAUCGACGUAGAAGGACACGAGUGGGCGGUCGUGAAAAAUAUAAUGGAAGAUGGAAUUUUCAAGAAAAUUAGACAAUUCUACUUAGAAUGGCAUCUUUUUCCUGACUGGCCAGCCAAAAGUUCAUACGUUAGUUUAUACCAGCUGUAUACAAAGUUAACUCAGCUUGGGCUAACAGCCUUUAGGAAAAGCCCACAUCCACACAACUUUAAUCCACGUAGUUUCAAUAUACAAGGGGACAAUAAUUAUAUAAAUCUCAAUUUCACCAGUGUUGCAUAACAGGACAUUAUGAAGUGCCGUGGCGGGAGGCUGUGCAAAUGUCGAUGAGAUCCCAUUUGGAUUCCUGGCAUCGAGCGUAUUUGUUCAUUUUCAUUUUCCAUCAAUCGGUGACAGGACAACGAUGAAAUUACUCAAUAUUGCGUUGUAUAUUUAUUUCUGCUUAUGUGACUCCUCUGUGAAAGUAUGGAGUUUCCUUGGGUUACGACGCAAACAUGGAUGCUCUACUAGCAUGGCUCAUAUUGCCUCAUGUUACCAUCUCUUGAUGCUUCUGUGGACAUGACAUAUACACAUUCCAUGUUCCCACAAGUCCCAAGAUGACGAGAGAGAGAGAGAGAGAGAGAGAGAGAGAGAGAGUUUCUUAAGCGUAUGCAAGAAGUGUUGUGAUAUGGUUUCUGCUUGUUGAACGUGACUGCCUCCACAAAUACAUGUGACAAUCAUUAACGACUAUUCACGGAGGAAAGGGUACAACGAAACGAAACCUAGGCAACACAUCGAUGGCAUGUUAAAAUAUGUACUUUUUCUGGACAACAACCUCGUAUUAAUUGUU